GACACCACCACCACCUACAAUGUGGGCGGAACGUAGUUCGGCCCUAGUUGCAAGACGUGCGGCUGCCGACUGUACCGCUAUUUUUCACUGGACCAGCUGUGAAGCCUCACGCGAGACUCAAAGGAGAGGACCCCUCCAGCCCGUGCAUGCAUUUGCGACCAUCGCAUACUUCGUUGAUCCAACUCACUUCAAAAUCUGUCGCUGGUCAAUUUCGUCUUGACAGCCUCCUUUUACGAUUCCAACAGCACACGGUAAAAGUAGCCGCUCCAUCAAGGCCACGCUCGACAACGCCUUCCGCUGCGUGACGAUCCGCCCCCCGGUCGGCCCCAAAGCGGGCGGUUAUUGCCUUAUAUCACAUCCCGGCAUCCCGCGCAUGCUUUGACCAUCAUUCGUUGAGAAUUCACCCUCUGCACCUGCCGUUUGUUGUUUCUUUGCCGUCUCUACCAUGAGCCUCCAACUCCAUAUUCACACGUCGCAAGAAUGUCGCCCAAGCUCCAAAGGCAGAUCACGCAACUUGGUACGCUUCUCUGAGCCCCCGGAUUCGCCUGCCGGCCAAGAGAACCUCUGUGAAGCCCUUGAGACAGAUGGGCGGCCAUGCAAUUUCCUACUGCCGUCUGAAGGCCAUACUUGGUGCCCCAGGCACGCGCGCGACUUGAGGGACUUGAGUGCGAGGUGGAAACAGCUCGAACACGAUGCAGAGAGGGUCGAGGUUGUCAAUUCAAACACGGCACAACACAAGGUCGUGAAACUUCAGUCGACUGUCGAGUUACGCCGCCGAAUACGUGAGAGGUUUCACACGCGAGGGGUUGAUACUACGGAUUACACACAGUGGAUUGCCAAAGUGGAAAGAGACACAAGGGCGCUUGCAGACUCUAUACUAAAGUAUAACAUGAAACAUCGUCCAACACCAGAGGUUCCCGGAAAUACCACGCCGCAUCCAAGUAGAACUCGGUCACAAGAUAUUAUGAUACUGCAAUCACCACUAGACCCACGCAUACCCAUCGGCUCCUUAAACGGGAUCCCUGAUGAUGGCAGCAUCCUCAUCCUCAAAAACUUCUCCACCGACCUCUGCGAUGAGGCUAUCCGCCGCCUAUACAGUAUUGUUCCCGAUCUGAACGAUGCACGCCGACGGUGCGACUCUCCUAUGAAGGGCGAGCUACGCAGCGACGAUGGUGGGAAAAUCGUGCGCUCUUGGUUCCGCAUCAUGGUUCUCAACCACAGCGAAGCCGAAGCGUUGGAGCACGCAACCAGAUGCAAGAGCAUUGCCGAGUUUCUGGCUGGGUGUCAGGCGAGUCAGAUCGAGACGUACUGCGACUUUUUUGAGAAUGCAUGGCGCCCGCAUGCCGUCCAGUAUCUGCGAGUUGCGAUAUGCGCGGGAUUGCUGGCGGGUGACAAAAUCAAGACUAUCCGUCUGCUUGGUGGGGUGAUACCGAGCACGACUGACAACCUUCACAUGACCAAACCGUCUUGGGAUGUAUUAUACCGCUGGUUUCCGACACUUUUAACACCCGGGACCGUUGCGAGUAUCUGCUCCAAUUUCGAAGACUACACUACGAUAUGCAAGCUGUUGAUGCUUGGCCUGUACCGCGAUCGAUGGUAUGACCCGGCAAGUAUUCUGAGUGAAUGUGCGGCUGGAGUGUAUAUGGGUUUCCUCCCGACUAGCAAAGGUGACUUCACCGACAUGGAACAAGAAAACGACUAUGUGGUGCAAAGAGAGUCACGAAACUUCCUCUGCGGUCAAAUGGCACUCGGCGACUCUCUGACUCGAGACUUUCUCACGGAGCUCCAAAAACGCACAGAUAGACUGUACUUGGUGGUGUAUGAGGGUACCAAGGCGGACGCAACAGUACAUCCUACGGAACCUGAUAUCUUUGUCAGCCGGCAUAGAUUCGCACAAACGAGCGAGGAGCUUGACACUGCCGAGUGGAGUACAUCGAUGACGUUGGAAGAUGUCAAGGACCGACUGCGCAGGAGAAAAGCGUCAAUGUACGACCAGAUUGUAGUGGACUCAUGGCAAUUCAUCGUCAUUGACCGAGAAGUUGGCCUGCCGUUUCAGCUCAUGGACAUUGUACAAGACGCACUGCUUAUGCUCGUUGGAGACCCAUCACCCCGAGAAAUCGCGAAACACCUCAUUCAAGAUAUCAUACCGCCGUUUGAACAAGGACUGUUCUUAUCGGAAACAACGGUGGAAAGCUCAGCCAACCUCCGUUACCCUGCGCCUCCUGAAGUCCAGUACGAAGGCAACCGACACAGAUGCCAUGACCCAGACAGUAGCCUCAUCGCCUUCCAUCAGAGGAAAGCGACGUCCGAAGACAACUCGCGCGACACCAAUCGCUUCGUACGACGCGUCAUCGAGGAUAUGGAGCGCUGCAACAUCAUCAGCCUAGUACUCGAGCAUGAAGAACCACAGACACGCCCCGUCGUCAUCCAAGGCUCAGACGGCGCGCUCGAUCUCUACUUCCCCUACGAAGACAGCGACCCCAGCUCCAACCCCGCACUGCCUUUCCCGCCCAAAACAUCGCUACUCGACUUCGCCCACGCAUUCAAGCAAAAUCACCCGAAUGCCAUCAUGGCAAAGGGCUCGCUCCAAACGCACUACUGUGCCUGGCCCAUGCCCGCCAUCAAGAGCCUGGGCCGCAGCGGAUCCAAUUUCGUUACAGGCGAAGGCCACAUCUACCGCUGGAACGCGAUGCCUUUCGACCGCCCCUCGUCGGCCCACGCCUGGCAAUACUACAUCCAACACUACAUCAACUCGAAGUUCCCCUUCGUCAUGUUCUACCUCUCAACCUUUGUCAUCUGCGCCGUCGACGCGGAUGAUGCGGAGCACAAUUCUGCGACGCUGCUGGAGGAGAUGGAAGACCGUGGGUGGCGCAUCACGCUGCCGAGAGUGAGGGAGUGGACGGCGAGUGUUGAGGAGAUGAAGCUUGAGGUGCUGUUUGGGGGGGUUGGGCCCGCGUAAAUGAGGGUAGUGGUGAGGAGAUGGGAUUGCUAUUGUGUAGCGUUUCAAGGGAGUUAUAUUAAAGCUCUGCAGAUGCCACAUUCUACGUUCUUCGUGACUUUCUAUCAGUCCGUCGUCUUAGGGUGGAGAUUGAUGCGCACUGACUGACGAAAGCUCGACUAUGGGUGAAAUGCUCGGACACGCACACAACUUUUUAUUUCUUUGCCGGACACGCCAUCGCUGUAUCCUCGCCGACACUGAUACUGAAUGACC